GUUUGGGCGGAGUCACAGCUGUAGGUGCGGCGAGGAGGUUGAAGGCUAUUCGUGGUCGUUGAGGAAAAUUUUUCUAAUCUAGCGGCUCAAAACAAGCGCCCGGACGUGAGGAAGACGAUACACACGAAGCAGAGACGGAUUAAAACAGCUAAGUGAUCGUUUCGGUGAUUUAAAGUCGGUGAAUUUGACGGUAUUGCAGUCAGAAGCUGUAUUUACAUAACCAGCUUUCUCGGUAUUCACUGUAGUCGGGUUCUGCCACCGCGUCUGUAGCCGUUAGCAGCACCGACUACUACAUAUAACAGUCGAGUUACUCGCUCUGUCACUGAAUAACGCGCUAAUAUUGUCUUUUGUAUGUGUGCCCACCAUAGCUUUCUCGUCUAUUUACAGUUAUUAAUGCAUUUUUCACUGCUCAGAAAAACAAGUUAUACAACAAGCCACACGAGUGCCCGUGUAUCAGCCAGGUCCUAAAGCCCGCCGCGUUCGGGGCGGUCACAUUGCCGGUGAGAGCGCGCUAUCUGCGGCCCAGAUGGUUCAGCAACCAGCGGUCUCUGAAUUCUUCGACAUAAUGGAAAAAGUCCUAUUAGAGCAAGGCUAAUUCUACUGGACUGCAGUGCGUCAAACGAACAGGUUGUACGCGCCAAAGCCUCACAGGCUGUUUUUUUCUUCAUAUAUUUGGAUUCCCUGUGGACUAGCGUCUUCUUUUUUUCUUGGACAUACUUUUUUAAUCAUUGAGAAAGAGUCGGAAUAAGAGCGGAGUGACCACAAACAGACUUGUUUCAUUGUUCAAAAACCCACCAAUAAGGACUCGUCCAGUUGAGUAAUGGUCAUUAAUACGAUCCACUGGUUCAGGAAGGGCUUGCGGCUCCACGACAACCCGUCGCUCAAGGAAUCUCUGCUGGGAGCGGAUACCGUCCGCUGCGUCUACAUCCUCGACCCCUGGUUCGCGGGAUCUUCCAACGUUGGGAUCAACAGGUGGAGGUGAGUGUCCAAACACGGGUUCGAGACAUCUCUGUGAAUAACUCUCAUGCAUCUCUGACCUCCUUGUGGGUUUUUACUUUCAUUUCUCUGACCUGUCCUCCUCACAUGCUGCUGUUAGGGGAUGAAAUGAUGCUGUUUUUGACCUUUCUUACAUAGAUUUGUUCUUUUUUGGUUCAGUUGUAUGCAAUUAAGGCUUUUUCAAAGGUUACUGACACCCAAAACUGCUUUUUAUCCAGCUUAAAUCUGCUGUAAACCUGUUGUAUUGAAUGUUAGAAUUAUUAAUUGUUUGCUGUGUCUGAUAGUUGACUAUUUCAGACGCUUUUUAGCCAAAAAACUUCACAUUGUCCUCCUCACAUGCUGGUGUUGGAUCAUGAAAUGAUGCUGUUUUUGACCUGUCUUAGAUAGCUUUGUUCUCUUUUGGUUCAGUUUUAGCCAAAAAACUUGACAUUGUCAGCCUUGAAUUACAUAAUUUUGACUUUCUGUGGCAGUUUGUCUCCUGAGGAAAACUGGGAAACCUAGACUUUACAUUUAGUCAUACACAAGUAAUCAAACAUUCUGUGAUUGCAGAAUUUGUCUCCUCACUCCUCAAACUCCUUAAUAAUAGUUCCUGUUCUGUUUGAAUAAGUCAUGCCGCAUGUUUUGCAGAGUAGCUUUGAUGCUUUUUGUGCAAAGACACUUGUUCAAGAGCACUAAACACUAGGGCUGUAACAGUUUCUAACCCUUAUAAUAUGAUGAUACCUCUGAUACAAUAUUUGUUGUGAUAUUCAAAAGAAACAGGCAAAUCAAGACUUGAAAAGUAAUUUAAUUUACUGACCCGGCCUGUAACCCUUACAUCCAAGUGUCUUGGGUUGUCUCACUCAGAAACAGUGGAUUCGUAAUAAUGACAGAUAUCACGAGUGUCUUGCUUCUUUUCUUUUUCCUGACAAAAGCAAUGUUCUUGCUUCCCAUAUUUACUCGUAAACCCAUCAUAUGCGGGUUGCCGCAGUCUGACGUUAUCAGCGUAUUUCUUUUUGUUUGUUUGCUGCUUUUCUUCCAUUCGCAUUUCUUGACACAGGAAAACUAAAUCAUCCCUCAGUAUCCCACUUUGUGGCCAGUGUUUGCCAUCUUGACAUCACUAAUCCUAGGCAGUGUAGUUAAAUACUGCCCAGCUCUACUCUCACCUUGGCCAACCUGCUCCUUUAUUAUCAGUUUCAGAUUCAGCCAAUGAAUAACUGAUCCUGGUCAAAUAAGUGGAUGGCAUUACACCCUAACUUAAAGCUCCUAUGAGGAAAGUGACCCUCUUAUCUCCUUGCUUAUUAAUAUGCUAGUCAUGUUUCCUGACAUAAGAUCUCUACACACUUCUUUUAACAAAUAUAUUUAUUACUGUAAAUAUCAGCUGCUGAAAAAGUUCAUAAACCCCCUCACAGUAUAUAUGGACUCUUAAAGAUACAAAGCAUACAAAAGAUGGUCUCAUUUUGUUGUGGUCCGCGUUAGAAAACAGUAUCACUGAUAAUUUAAGUCUUUUUCUUAAGCUGCUAAAACUGCCCACAAGAGCUUUAAUGUCAAGAGUUGAAAAUAAUUAAUAAAAUGUACUUUGCUGUGUUUUUAUAUCACACUUAAAAAAUCAGAUAGUUAAGAUCAUAUUCUAGCAUUUGGAAGAGAAACAAUCACUUUGAAAUAACUUAAUAUGUAUAUAAAAACAGAAAAAAAGCCACCUUAUGAUAGAAAAUAGUUUUGUAGUGUAUUAUUUGGAUUAUUACAUUGUGAACCAUGUCGGUAAAAUGACUGACAGAUAAUCUGAGCAUCUCUGUCAUAGCGCUUCCUUCAGUACAUCACAAGUUAAUAUUGUGGACAAAACAGCAACCUUCACUCUGUUAUCAUCAUCAAACCAAACCUCAAGUAUCCCGCAGAUUCAUAAUCACAGAGUCAGAAGGUAUCAUUUAUGAUAUAACGUCUCCUUCUCUUGAAACGGUGCGUAAGAAGUGAAACUGGUAAACAGCACUUUGCAGUGAGGUUCCCCGACUCUCCUCUAGACUGUAAUUAUUGUAUAAAAACGCUGCACUCUGCACGUUUUCUCCGCAUGGAGAGUUUUCUUUUUUUUUCUCUAACAGGUUAUAUCACCGCACAUGUUCCUCACAGAGCAGGAUCUCAGUUUCAGCACAGACCACAUUGCGCUCUGUUUUUCUUUAUUGCUGCAGCAUUCACAAGAUUAAUUAGUUCUUCCUUUUGGGAUUACAGACUUUGGCAGAAGGAUAGAGGAGAUUUCCAAAUCCUUAAUGACGAAUAUGUAUAUAUUCUGUCUCCCUGGGAUGAAAAUAGCGAGAUUUCCACAUUUCCCGGCAUGAUUAGUCUUCCAUAUUUGUCAGAGCUCAGAGUAAUGACUUGUUUGGAUGUUAAAAAUGAAAAAUCACUUUGCAUUUCAAACGCUGGGAGUGGAUUCUCUUUAUCUUUUUUUUCCCAGCUUUUCCCAGUUUGCAUAUCCAAAAUGUAUUCCCCGCAUUUCAUUGGUGGAAACAACGAAACGGAUCAUUUAAUAUUUAAGAUUUUACAUAACUGACAUUCUCUGAAGUUCAGACAGUGAGUGAGUGUGCAUGUGCCCGUCUGAAUGCAAGAUAAAGACGGGCUGUUUGAGUCGAGUGAGAGAAUGAGCACUCAGGGUUUUCAUGUUCAUGUGACAGAGACGAGAGCAAAGACUGUCGUAGAUCAUCCCGUAUUUUCAAUUCCACCUUUAAAAAACAUAGCAGACACUGAGAGCGCACGGAAAGCUCCAAACAAACAGAAAGCUUUUCUUUACCCUGUGUGAUCUGUGACCCAGACUUUGAUUUAUCAGACUCAACUAGCUGCUUCUGUUUGGAAACUCAAAGCUGCCAGCUAGGACACUUCACAGUUUGCACAUGUAGCUGCUUAGGUCUACUGCCCGGUACAGUCGGAGUCUCUGUGGAUGUUUUUGUUUCCUCUCCUGCUGUGCACUCUGGUUUGAUCCCAUGUCGUCACUGGAAGAGUAGGGCAGCAGCAGCGGUAGCGGCAGCAGCAGCAGCAGGCGCGCCUGUUUGUGGAGCAUCCAUGUUAUGCUUCCGUGGUUAUGUAACAGCAGCCUGGAGUGACGUAGCGCUCACACACUGAACUCUCAGUCCGCUUUGAUUCAUUUGACUUUAUCAGACAUGUGCUUAAAGAAAAACUCCUCACCUCUAACUCAGCAGACGCACACAGGAAGGAGACCUCUAAAAGAUAAACAUCUCUUAGCACACAUUUUCAUUAUCUUAGUCACUUCUUACCACAAGUAACCUGUUUAAUUUAUGUAAAGCCUGUAAGCAAACAGCUGGCCAGAUUUGACAGAGUUCCUACACUUUUUUUUCAUUCUUUGACAUGCUUGCAUAACAGCAGCUGCAGCAUACAGAGGAGUAUUUCUGGUAUACAGCCCACAGUCCACAGUGGACAAAAACAGGAUAAAAACACCUGUCAGUGCGAGCUGUUAGGACUGACAUAGCCGCAAAUCCAGUCUGGAAAAAGGGUAACAAAGCUAAACUAACACCUCUUAAUAACAGUGGAAUAGAAAACUUAGACUGCGGUACAGCUUUAUGAGUUUCUGCAGAACUGUUGUACAAUCCCAAUUUUAAGACAAAGACAGUAUGGGACAACAAAACACCAAAAAGGUUGUGGUAGGUUGGUAACCUGACCCGGUACAAAAAGACAUUCCAGAGAGGGAAAGAGUAGGGGUGGGAGAAAAAACCAAUACAGCAUAGUAUCACUAUUUUUCAAAUUAAUUGUGAAUAUAAAGUCAAAUCUGUGAUAGUGAAAAAUUAAAUCAACUGUUUGUCCAGUCAGGUUCGAAGAAAUAGAGGACAACCGCGGAACAAGCGUGUGCGUUAGCGGAUUGCAAUGCUCGUAAGAAAGCUAAAUAUGGUAUUAACUUUCACCAUGCCCCUAAAGACAUUAGUGUCCGAGAGCUCAAUAGCUCCUAUGUUACCUGGUUCUGCUACGACACCAUCAAUGUUAGGCUACGAGCUAGCGUGAAGAGAAGUGUGCAGAGUUGCUAGGUUGGCAACACUGCAAGAAAAGUCCCUCUCAUCAUUCAUUUUUUGCGCCCCGCAAAACCUAAACAGCACUUACUCUUCCUUCUACCGUGGUGAUGUAAGCGCAUCGUGUCACCUUCAAAAGAAUCCAUGCGAAACAGUGAUGAUUUGAGCUUAGAAACGAGUACGGGAGGCAGAGAAAAUUCCUCGAUCAUUAUUUGUAAUGGAGGUACUCAAGGUACUCAAGGUAUUCAAGGAAUCGUUUCAGCCCCAGUGUAAAUAAGACAAACAUAAAGAAAAGACAAAUGCUAAAGUAGCUAAAGAGUUGAAAUAUUGUAUAGAUCGCAAAAUAUUGUAUCGCAAUACUCAGUGUAUUGCAAAAUGUUAAAAAUCGCAAUAAUAUCGUAUCGUGGCCCAAGUAUCGUGAAAAUAUUGUAUUGUGGGGUCAAUGGUGAUUCCCACCCCUCUAAGAGAGUGAUUACCAGUACUUUGUGGCCUACAUUUUUGGGCCCUUAGAUGCUACUGCGUUUCAAACAGACAUGACUCUGUAGAAGGAAUCACUGCAUGGGUUCAACAUCACUUCUUAUAACCACUGUCCGUAAACCAAGUACUUUACUGCAUCCACAAAUGUAGGUUAAAGCUGUAAAAUGUCGAGAUGAAACCAAAUAUAAACAGGGCUUAUUAAAAAUGGACUUCACAGCAUCUGAAGGAAUCAAUGUACAAAAAAGAAAGGGUGAUCCUGGAACUCUCAGGCACAUUGCAUUGAAAACAGACAUCUGUGAAAACAGGUCAUCACUGCGACCACAAAUGCAGGUUAACAUGGUUCUCAUGAAACUGUGAUUCAGAAACUCGAGACGUCGCGCACUUCAGCAAAACCACAGUCUGCGACAGCAAUAUUCUCGGUUAUAUUUUCCCCAAAACAACAGAUCAUCUCCACUUUCAACAUUUGAUUCGUUUCUGUGCUCUUUUCAGUUAAUUAUAGGGUUUAAUUGAUUCCUAAACCAUCAAAAUCUAGUUUUACCAACAUUUACACAGCCUCCAACUUUUCUGGAUCUGCUGCUUACAUUUAGCUUUCAGCAAGUUCAGUAUCUUUCUUUAGUGUGGAAAAUAAUCUUGGUCUCCGAAGCUCUGUAUGACUGAAAAUGCUGCAAACACAGCUGGAUUUGAUUGCAUUCUCUGGAUGUGAUUAAUAAGAAGAAUGAACUUGAUACUUUCUCCUGUGUGGAUAAAUCAAACAGCCAAUCAUACAGCAAUAUAGAGCCACAGCCAGUGAGUCAGUCAGUGUGUUAAUUUACAUUUGAGGCACAUGUUUGAGCACAUGGCCACUUGAUGCUGCACAGCAUUGUUUGGUUGUAUCACCUCUUGUUUUCCUCUUAAGAAGAAGAAGAAGAAAAGUUGACAAAUAUGAGAACAGGAUGUCAGGAUGCAAGAACGCUUGAGGAGACCAAAUUGUUUUUCAAAGCUUCUGGUCAUAAUUUUACAUAACAAAGAACAUAGCCUGUAAACGUGUUACUCAAGAAGCUCUAAUCUAAAGUUUAAACACACUCAAGGCUUUAAAUACUGAUUGUCACAAACUGACUCUAAUGCAACAGAGAGAUUUAGCUUCAGGUCAUGCAAAGUUUGCAGCAGACUAGGCUUAUAUAACCCGCUCCUCUUGUAUGUGCACUUACAGCCUGCAUGGGUUAUCACUUUAUUUGCUGGUGGAGAAGUGAGCAGUGUGCAGCCUUGUCCUUACAUUGCAGGGGAGUAAUCCCCCCGUGUACAUGCUGGCUCCAUGCCAAACGACAUAAUCACAAUUACUUUCCCUGCCCUCCCCACCUCACCGCCUGGCGCAAGUAGGUCAGUGUGUUAGUAGCAGUGGUCUCACCCUUCUCGUCUUUUUGACCUACUUCUGCUCCUCCGAGAGACCCUGACUAUCUGGAGUGAGCAGUGAAACCGUCGGUUUAAUCCCAACAAAGCUGCUUCAUCUGAUAUCUGUCUGCAAGCUGAACAGUUUCCAUAAAAUGUUAACAGAGUUGCAGGGCAGCUGCGAGCAUGACAGUCCUUUUCUUCAAGAGAAAGAGGUUCAUGAGGAUGUGAUUAUGAUGUACCGCUUCAUCCAAGUCUUUAUAAUAAGAUUGAACAAACAGCAUUAUGAGAAACAGACAGACAGGGAUGAAUGUUUGUUUGUUUUACUCCCUCCAUCGACACAAAGAUUAGGCUUCUUUUCUGUUUGAGUCACAUGGUCUGAGUUUGUCGUCCUGGUAACCUUAGAGGUCAGAGCAACAGGAAACAGCUGUUUUGAAGUGACCCUUUAUGGAUUGGCAGUUGUGAAGCCAGAAGGCGUCUCAGUUUCCAUCAGAGGAGACUGUUGUUUUAGUAGCUCCCAGACGUGAAGGUACACUGUGUUACUGUACAGGGUGUUACUGGAAAGAUGACAGAAAGUAGAAAUACGUAUAAAAAAAAGUAACCACGUCCCAUAGGGUCCUGGAAAUAGUACACCGCCACUUAAAAUGUUCUCUGUAGCCUUAUUGUGCAGCGCUGCGGGUAAAUGUCAGCUUUUAGAGGUGUUGCUGUGCUUUUUUUUUUUUUUUAACUGUAAUUCAAAGUAAUGGGACACUAUUUAAGUCAUCCACAGAAUCUGACAGAAAAGUCAUAAUUCAGAGGUCUAAAUUGGUUCAUUUGAAGUAUUUUUCACACAAAGGCUUGAUAAGAAAUAUUGUAAAAGAGUUCAUGCCAACAGAACUUUAAAACAGACUUAUUUUAACAUGGUUUCCUGAAUAUAAAUAUCAGAGAGAAACUUUUUUGUGUUUGUUUAUCUAAACUAAGAUCAUUAGAGUGCUACAGGAGUUAUAUAUAAAGAUAUUAUGUGCUUUUUUUAUGAUGUACUAAAAGACCGACUAUAUUAAUACUUUUAUUUUUAAUGUCUGAAACAGCUGUGAUCAGGUAGGUGUCAGCAGAGCCCUGCUUUUAACAAGUCCAAUCCCAUAAAAAGUUGGUAAACUGUCUAAAAUGAGUAUAAGAAUAAACAAAUGUUGAUGGUUCUCAAAUUGUUUAAAGCCUAUCUGAAAAUAGUGCCAAAACUGAAUGUUUUAAUUGUUUUAUGGAAGAAAAAAAAUUUUUUAUUUGAUUAAAAAAAGACUCAAAAAGUUGUGUAAUCCUUUAAUUAAACCAGCAGGAGCGACAUACUGGAGAGGUGGAGUCUCUGUGAGAGACUGUGUGAGCAAAACGUUCAACAGUUUCAAAAUGAUGUUCCCCCACUUAAAACUCCAAAGAGCUCUGAGAUUUCACCGUAUGCAUUUUUUAUUAUCAUUACUGGCAGCACUGCAUCAGAACCAGCCAUGACUCUGUAAUGGAAGUCACCGCACGGGCUGAAAAUCACUCUCAAAAGUCGUUGCCUAUUAACACACUCAAUUGUUUCAUUUACAAUUAUAGGUUCCUAAAUUAAACAAGCAACAUUAAACAGUGUGAAUUAAUAAUACAGCAGGGAGAUUUGCUCUACCGUUCUCACAGUGGCUUCCAUCUGGUUUUCAUACCAGACAUGAUUAGACUUUGAUAAUACAGGAAGCUUCCACCCACAAACUUAAAGUACCUAUAGCAACAGCACGGGAAGCGCCACAUUACUGCCGCUCCGCCUGUACGCAUGUGUGGACCUGUGGCAGUGGGUGUGCACUCUGAUGUUUACACUUUGUAUUUCACAGGAAAAAGGGAAAACAUCAGCACAGUGCAGACUUGAAAGUUAAAAACAAACAAUGAGACAGUCUUUGUUCAAAAAAGAAAUAAAUCUUUCUGCUGGGCAUAUUUUCCUCCGCAGGGUCACUAUGCUUGGCUCGCUUCUCCUCACUGACGUCACAUUCAGAGAUGAUUAAACUCAUGUGGAUGCGGGUUGGUUGACUCACCCACUGUCCGUAUGAUUCAGCCUUAAGGAUGUGUCCAAGGCCAGUCUUUGUGAAGUUAAUGAUGUAUCCCCGUCAGUUAUGUCAGAGGGAGAAGGGCCAGUGAAAGAUACCGUACACUCUUCCAUUGCCUAAGCACAAAAACCUGCUUUUUCAUUCAAGCUCUGGAGGUUAAAUUGGGCUAUUUCAAGUGGAAUUAUGCUGUCAGGAUUACAAAGAGGAAAAUUGGUGCCAAUGGGGAUAAUGGUCUCAUUUCACUUUGUAGCACUGGUGGUUUCAGGUUAUUUGUCAACAGGGAUAAAUGUCAUAACAACGGAGAAAACUUGGGUCAAGAGGUCUUACGCAGACUUUAUGUAACAGGAACAUUUAAGCUACAAGGACAAAAAAAAAAGCAUGCAAAGCUCCAUAUUUUGUGGUCAAUUAAACCCAAACAGUCUCACUUUUCUUUACCGCUAUCCUCUUUGUAAUUACAUUGCUAAACAGAAACUAUUGUUCUUUUUCUGUGGUAGCACUCAUUCUGCCAACUUCAAAAAGCUGGGAGCACCAGCCAAAAUCUGAGAUUGCCACAACAAAAGUUAAGAUGACGACAAGUUCCAAUUUUCAGCUUUAAUUUAGCGGAACGACCAGCAGCAUCCUGGCAGCAGGUGUUACAGUUAUUACAUCAGCAAACAUACAAAUAUAGAAACCUGAGAUUUCCCCAUAACAAUUAUUUUCACUUGUAAAAUGCUCUGAAACACAGAUUACAUUUUAAAAUUUCAGGCUUUGAAGUGAGUGGCUGCUCAGCUCGCAGCCCCUGUGAGCUCUGCAAACAAGUGUCUUCAGGAAAGCUUAAAUGUAUAUUUAGAGGAGGCUACUUGUGCAGAUAAUUUAGCUAAACAGUAGGAAAGAAUCCUCACUUGAAAAAUAUUUAGCAGCAGCUCAGCUCACAGCCUCCCAUAUAUAAUACGCUGUAUUUACCCAAAAGAGGUAUUCUUUUUCUUUUUUUGAUGCGAUUUAAGAUCACAGUCAUAGGUGUCUGGAUCUGCACUUAUUUUUGAAACAAGUCUGAUGAAAGUUCACAACAGCUCAGCUCACACCCUCCCAUACAUAAUACUCUGUUUGUACCCAAAAGAGUUGUACUUUUUUAUGCGAUUUAAGAUCACAGUCAUUGGAGUCUGGAUCUGCACUUAUUUCUGAAACGAGCCUAAUGAAAGUUCACAGCAGCUCGGCUCACAGCCCCUCCAUAAUGAGAUCCUGUAUUAGCAAGAGUGUUGGAAAAAUUAACAGUUUUUGAUGCAGAACCUCAUGUCGGAAGAUCCAGAAAGUACACACCCUUUUUCAACAUGCCCCUGAUGGGUUUGCAGGUGCUGUAAUGUCGGUCAUUCUACCUGUGGCGUCAUUAUCAAACCAUCACAGACACAUUUGAGCAGGCAUUGGCUUCCUCUUGUACUGUUCGCCCUCUGAUCUCCCUCUGUUAACUGAUAUCAGAAGUUCCUGCUGACUCACACACACCUGCUCCACACAGCUUGUUACACCUUUGUUGCUUUUCAUCCACCUGACAGGCCAUGAAUUGAAACAUGUUUCUCAAUAGGAGGCACAGAUGCACCUUGCCACUUGUGAAAUGACAUCCCUUUGUCCCUGAAUCUUCAGUAUAGAAUAGAAAAUCAAAGCUCCAUACUUUGUCAUGUUCUGUUAAAUAGAAAAUACUGUAUUCUUCGAUCCAGUGAAAGUAAGUCUCCUCUUGUGGUGAGGGCAGUUAUUAAGUAGGAAUAACAGGGAAAUCAAAUCUGCAUAUUCAUGUGUUUGAAACUAGGUCAAAAACAGGAACUGUUCUCUAAUAGGAACAAACGUUUACUGGUUUCCUCUCAAUGAAAGUAAGUGAAUUUGUUCAACAAGGUCAAAUGCUUCACAUGUUUAAACUCUCCAAAGAUGUUCUGUAUGUGGGCCCGAGGUUCGGAUACUGUACCGCAUAGUUUCAGAAAGAGAGCUGUCAGCUGAAAAAGCUGAUCUGAGGAGACUUUGCUAUACUUAUCUGCAUAAAAUUAGCAUUUCAAGAUGAUGAUUCAUGUUUUGUCAGCCUCAGCACAACCUAAAAUGACUAUUAUUCCUCCUUCCUAUCAAAAUAAGGGAAGGAGGAGUACUCCUUCCCCUCUCUGCCGCUUUAACUACAGUUGACAUACAAUCUUUUAAAGCUUCCACUUCAGCUUGUGUAACCAUUCUGUCUUUCUUUCCGUCCUCCUCCAGGUUCUUACUGCAGAGUCUUGAGGACUUGGACUCCAGCCUCCGUAAGCUCAACUCUCGACUGUUUGUGAUAAGAGGCCAACCCACUGAUGUCUUUCCCAGACUUUUCAAGGUGACACAGUUAUUAUGCGCGUCAAACACGAGGUGCGAACCCUGUUUUUUCCAAUCUGUAGCACACUUACUAACAAAACUUCUCUUUUCUGCAGGAAUGGAAGAUCUCUCGUUUGUCCUAUGAGUACGACUCUGAGCCGUUCGGGAAGGAGCGAGAUGCAGCUAUUAAGAAACUGGCCUCUGAGGCCGGAGUGGAGGUGACAGUUCGCAUCUCCCACACACUCUAUGACCUGGACAAGUGAGUAAACAUCUCCUCUUUCCGUAUCGUCAGGUUUGUGGAUCUGUGUGUCGACCAGGUCUUUGACUCUUGUCUGUGUUGCUGUGCAGGAUCAUAGAGUUAAAUGGGGGUCAGUCCCCACUCACCUACAAGCGGUUCCAGACCCUCAUCAGUCGUAUGGAGGCGGUGGAGAUGCCCGCAGAGUCCAUCACGGCUGAAAUCAUGGGGAAGUGCACUACGCCGCUGUUUGAGGACCACGAUGAUAAGUUCGGGGUCCCAUCUUUGGAGGAGCUGGGUGAGUGAAACCAGACAAACUGAGGGUGUUCAGAUUAAACAGGAUAAUAAUCCAGACUGAUGUUAUAAUGUGUUGUAUUAAUGUGGCCCCCACAGGGUUCGAUACUGAAGGUCUGUCUUCAGCUGUGUGGCCGGGGGGAGAGACCGAAGCGCUCACUCGGUUAGAGCGGCAUUUGGAGAGGAAGGUCAGUCCAUUCAGAGGAGACAAAAAUAAACCCUCUGACACUUUUGCUUCUUUCCCAGCGACACAACCUUGUGAUGUAACUCCACAUCAUUGCUCUCUUUCAUAUCUAAUAUCUCUGUAUCUGUGUCACCAUCAGGCGUGGGUGGCCAACUUUGAGCGUCCAAGAAUGAACGCCAACUCUCUGCUGGCCAGCCCGACAGGCCUCAGCCCGUACCUGCGAUUCGGCUGCCUCUCCUGUCGCCUCUUCUACUUCAAACUCACCGACCUCUACAGGAAGGUAAGACCAUCUCAAAACCACUGAUAGUUUAACAUGAAGCAUGCUGGUACCAUUAUAGCUUAAAAAGUGCAGGUCCUUGUUAUCUUGGUGGAGUAUCCUGACAGAGCAUGUGACCUGGUUUCAAGGAAACAAGUGAAACUGUUAAGCUAAGUAUUCCUAAUGACUUAAGUGUGACUGGAGAGCAGCCAAGAGUUACCGGUUGGCUGAUGUAAUGAAGAGGAGCUUAAAGAGUCUGACCUGUUAGAAAUGGUCGAACAGUUUCUGGACACAUGAAGACUCAGCCUUACUACUUAGACUCCACACUGCAGUCACAUCGGAUACAUAUCUGAUUUAUAUCCACAUACAAAAGAGGUCUGGGUCGGAUUUGAAAAGUUAAGAAUUGCACUGUUCACACUUACAUGAAAAAGUCUGAUAUGUGUCAUAUAUGGUUAAAAAAUCAGAAUUGACCUGCAGUGUGAACAUAGCCUUUGUGUCCGCUUUUCUGCAUGCUUGAUCUUCUUGAUCAGCAGGUCCACAAGGUUGCAGGUUUGCAGAUGCGGACUUUCUUCUGCAUGACUUUUCAACAGUUUGUCAGCUUUUUAUUCAAAGACAAAAUAAUGGUUUUGUAAAAGGUGCCUGAUCUCUAUAGCAGCUGACGUGUAGUGCUCGCCAAAAUGAGCCAGUGGAGAUGUUGCACACGUCUGCAGCUCCCCUGACUGUCUCUGUUCUGUGCCACACCUUUAACCAGUUGGUUUUGAGUCAUGCUGUAAACUAAAAACACCCCACUGGUUACUAAAUUUAACACGACUGUUACAUUUUUAUCUACUUUUAUCUACGUUGAACAGCUUUUUUCCAUAAACUCUUAAAAACUUAGUAUUAAAGUAGAGUUAAUUCUCUCUGUAUGAAAAUUGAAAAAUAUCCUCUCUCUAUGUGGACAGUGACAUUCAGUUUCAUUUACUCCCUCUACAGCAGGUUCAGGACUGGUUCAUGUUAACUAUUAUUGUUACUCCACCUACUGGUUCCUAGUGUUAGUCCGGGGUUGAUAUAGCGCUGGCUCCCUCUUGUGUUGUGUAGCUGUUUCUUCAGGCUUCAAUGUCCUUUAUAAUCCCAUUUAGUGUUGCUUAAAAAAUGUCACUUUUCUUUAACUUCAAAAAAGACAAAUAUAUAUUUAAUGAUCUGCUGUUGUAGAUGGUAUAAAAAUACAAACAAUCAUAAUUAUAUUGUCAUUUUUGUCCAUUAAAAUUCAUGUUUUUGUCAGUUUUGCACUGAAACAAACUACUCAAGUUUUUAAAAAAUCAGGUACAUCCAACAACUUACUUUUUGAAGCACCUGAGGUUCUUCAGAGAUUAAGAAAAUCAUCUCACUGUCAUCUCUUCUGUGUCCCGUCCCACCAGGUGAAGAAGAACAGCUCCCCUCCCCUCUCACUCUACGGUCAGCUGCUGUGGCGCGAGUUCUUCUACACGGCGGCCACCAACAACCCCUGCUUCGACAAGAUGGAGAGCAACCCCAUCUGCGUGCAGAUCCCCUGGGACCGCAACGCCGAGGCUCUGGCCAAGUGGGCGGAGGGCCGCACCGGUUUCCCCUGGAUCGACGCCAUCAUGACCCAGCUGAGGCAGGAGGGCUGGAUCCACCACCUGGCCCGUCACGCUGUGGCCUGUUUCCUGACCAGAGGAGACUUGUGGAUCAGCUGGGAGGAGGGCAUGAAGGUACAAACCCUUAAUUUUGAGAUAGUGGGAUAAAGGUGUGAAGAUUGAAUUUAAAGAUUAACUUACCAGUGUGUGUUUGUGUUUGCGUGUCUGCAGGUGUUUGAGGAGCUGCUGCUGGAUGCAGACUGGAGCGUGAACGCAGGCAGCUGGAUGUGGCUCUCCUGCAGCUCUUUCUUCCAGCAGUUCUUCCACUGCUACUGCCCUGUGGGCUUCGGCCGGCGCACAGACCCCAACGGAGACUACAUAAGGUGUGUUUACAUCUCGUCACGUCUCAAAUCUGUACCUUUACUGAGGUGCAAGACUUCCUUUUACACACAUAUUCUUGAACUCAAUAAAUGACACACUCAUCACUCCUUAUCUUCUCUUUUCUCAGGCGCUACCUGCCCAUCCUGAGAGGGUUUCCAGCCAAGUACAUCUAUGACCCUUGGAACGCCCCAGAGAGCGUGCAGAAAGCGGCCAAAUGUAUUAUCGGGGUGCAUUACCCCAAACCCAUGGUGCACCACGCUGAGGCCAGCCGCCUCAACAUCGAAAGGAUGAAACAGAUCUACCAGCAGCUCUCCUGUUACAGAGGCCUCGGUAAGAAUAUGACACUGGAUACAGACAGAAUCAUUUAUAACAGAUGUCUUAAAUAUUCAUGUGAAAUGUGAUUUUUGGGCCCUGCUUUAAAAUCUGAUUUGACUCUGUAAUGGAAAUCACUGUAUGGGCUCAAAAUAGCAUGGCCUAAGAACCCGUGGCUGAUACGGGUUCAGUUUUUCGUUGUUAAAACUAUCAGUUCCUGUACACACGAUAAAAGCUGUUCAAUGUCAUCUGUUUCCUCAGGCCUUCUGGCGACAGUCCCGUCCAAUGCCAACGGUAACGGUCACACCGAGACGUCCUCUGACGUGAUCGGAUACGCUGUGGAGUCCACACACAAUGCUACAGCCUCAUCUGGUAAGAGACCAAACACCGGCAGCAAAGCUGGAUACGUACAAAUGUUGUUCUCUGUUGAGCAGGGAAAAAAACAACGGCAUUGUUGUUUUUGUUCUUACAGGCUUUGAGCUGCAGAUGCAGCCUGAGGGAGACUGGCAGAGCGGGGUCAUGAUGUACCUGCAGGGUGAUCCUCAGACCAGCAUGGCCACACAGCAGCAGGGUGGGUCUCAUUGAGUCAUCCGUGAACAUACAAUGUUUCCUCUUCCCUUUUAUGUAACCUGUUUUUUCCUCUGUUUGUGUAAAUCCAUGCUCUAACCUUAAAUCUCGCUUGUCUUCUGGGUUUUUCAGGCACCAGUGCUGGAGUCAUGUGUUAUGCUCAAGGCGCACAGCAGAUUCCUGGUCCUGCUAUUAAAAAAGGUAAACACCGGUAAUCAGUUGUUUUCCUUUUGACAAGAAAAGCAUCAGAGCAGACUUACAUAAUGUAAUGAAUGGUUAUUUGGUUUGGAUCUUGAUGGAAACCUUCAGCCCGUCUCAGCCAUAAUUUAAGUCCAUUAUCUUCAUCUUGAGCUCAAUGAAGCCGUUUUUGUUUUCACUAAAUUUACUGUUUUCUUUGCCUCUUUUAGGACUUGAGCACCAUGGCAGCACUCAGACCAGCGGCAAACGGCACAGCGAGGACUCUGGGAACAGCAAAGGCUCCAAAGUCCAGAGACAGAGCAGCCACUAAAAAGGUCAGUAAGUCUGAGUCUGAUUUUCAUCUUGAUUCUGCUAAACGCCCCGAAAAACCAAUAAACAAACACAGACCUCAAAUGAUUAUAGAGUUGGAAAACCAUGAAGAGUUUGUCCAAAGAAAAUCAAAUUACAAAUUACUGUUCAGAAUUUUAAUGAUUAUUGUUUUUUACUCAAAAAAGGCACUUUCUGAAAUAAUAAGAUACCACUCAAAAAAUGAUUUAAAGUAGAAAAAAUCUGAACUUGUGGAAAGUGUGUUCAUUCGAACACGCCAUACUCGGUUCAUGCUUCUUCUCCAAUUCGAACCAUGAUGUAUACCAGUGUGAGUCUUAUUACAAAAAUUACGGUAAUUCGUGACAAAAGACAUGAGACAAAAAUGCACCAAAAUGACGUGUUUCUGCAUAAAUGAUUCCAGGAGUCGAUUUUCUUCUCUUGUGUGGAAACAAAAAGUACCAAAUAGAAGAAGCUUACAUUUGAUGUUUUAAUUUUCAAUAUUAACCUAUAAAAGUGCCAAAAAAGGGGGAUUUCACUGCUCAAACUGCAUUUAUCAGACACUCAGCAGUUUUUCUCAUUUGUGUCCUUUCCUUCGUUUCCAUCAGGUGAUUCUGCAAAACUCACUGUGAGCCACGUUGUCUCCUCAGCCGACCCCCUUAAAAUGGACGUAAAGACUUUUUGUUACAGCACAGCACUGUUGCAUGAACACACUCUAAGAAGGAGUCGUCAUUAAACACACUCACACAAACUAUCCGGACUGUAUAUUCUCAUUUGGACUGCACGGCCCCCGGCUGCAGGGGCCGCCACACUGUGCUCGUGGUUUUGCCGGGACAAAAAGUCUUGUGUAUAUAAUGAAUUUGCUAACUUCUGCUCACAUACAAACGUGUACAUAUUUGGAUAUUGUAUGUGUGUUUUCUCUCUUUGUGUAGCCAUAGACCCAUUGAUAUAUUUUUGAUAUGACAAAUCAUUGUGGAUGGAUCUUUCUUUUUGGAGAAUUUUCAAUAAAAAAAUAUGAAAGCAUUUAUAGACCGUCCAUAAAAAAAAGGUGAAUAAUCUUGUAUCUAAUAUAAAAAACAGUCGCCUGUCUGCUCAUUUAUUCAACUUCCCAGUUUUCUCUUUUUGAGCCAUCUGAUGUAUCUAUGAAGAGACGUGUUUGAUCAUUUCCUCGCUUUAUCUCAGUGCUUGUUUUGUUCCUUCUCACUGUAGAGGCAAUAUCAGUAUGACGUUAUCUAUCCAGUUGUUGCCCGUGUUAAUGGUUAUUGAGUAAAGGCAACUCCAUAUCAUGCCCCCCUCUGUAUAAUCCCCCAAUAAAUGUACCACUGGAGAGAACUGCUUCACUUGCUUCUUGUUUCUUCUUAAUAUGCUUGUUUGAUUAAAACUGGUUUAAAUAUACA